GGCUCAAAAUCAAAGCUGAGCAUCACAGAGACGGUUUCAUUUUCCAGCAGGAACACACGCACACGACUGGAAGCUGCUCUAACACACACACACACCUACAAACAUGAUGCGAUUUGCUUUUCUCCUUCUCGUCAUCUCCACAGACGGGGUUACCUCUAAGAAAGUGUGCAGUUACCUGGACGUCCUGGACUACCUGAACCUGACUGAAGAUACCAGGGCGUUCAAACUGACCCGACCUGUUCUGGACUACACAGACCCGACCAGGGUGGAGCUGGACAUCUUCCUGUACGCCAUCCUGGCUCUGGUUGAGAAAACACAAACUUUUAUUCCUUUCAUCUGGGUGUUAAUGAAAUGGAAACAUGAAGGCAUAUCCUGGGACCCCGCUGAGUUUUGUGGAAUGACUCAGAUUGCGAUUCCCAGAGACAUGCUGUGGAGACCUGACCUCUUCAUCUUUGAGAUGACACAGAAGGAUGACUCCCCUCUGAAUCCUUACAUUCUCUUGUCCUCUGAUGGAACGGUGUAUUCUGAAGAGGACAUGAAGGUGGUCAGCACCUGUAAGAUGGACGUCCACAAGUUCCCUUUCGACACACAGAGAUGUAACAUCUCUGUCGCGUCUGCGAUACACCACGUUGACGAGAUGCGCCUCCUUCCUUGCUCCAACUCGUCUCGAGCCACACAGUUUUCCCGAGAGGUGUUGAAGACGCAGGGAGAGUGGGAGUUUAAGCAACUAUCCGUCAGCAGCUUCAAUAUAACCUACAACAACCGGCAGUGGGAAAAUCUUGUAUACACAUUCACCAUGAGGAGGAGACCCCUCCUGCACGUCAUCAACUUCCUGUUACCCAUCCUGUUCUUCCUGUGUCUGGACCUCGCCUCCUUCUUCAUCGCUGACCAUCGAGGAGAGAAGCUGGGCUUCAAAGUCACCGUGCUGUUGGCCAUCUCUGUGCUGCUGCUCAUCCUGAACGACAUCCUGCCCUCCAUGUCCAACAAGACCCCGCUCAUAGCAACAUACUGCAUUGUGAUCUUUGCGAUGAUGCUGCUCAGUCUGCUAGAGACCAUUUUGGUGACGCAUCUUAUGGAGAAGGACUCGGUAGCACAGGAGAAGGUCGGGCCGGCGGACGACUGGCAGCACAAAAAGGAAAAGGUGAAAACCCAGGACGGCGCCACAGAGGAGAAAAAACAGACCUCCUGCGUCUGCAUCUGUAAAGUGUCUGCUGCGGAGAAACAGCAUGAACUGCUGCCGAUGGCUGAAGAGGACAACAGCCACAUUCAGUCGGGAGACUCCCAGGUGUUGCUGUUGAUCCUGGAGGAGCUGAAGGAGCUGCAGAAAACUGUUGAUCUGCACCUAAGCUGCAGACUGGAGGGAGGGAAGUCCAGCCUCUGGGCCGCAAGAACCAACAAAGUUUUCUUCAUUUUCUACGUCACCACUGUGUCGCUGUUUCUACCCCUCAUCUUCAUCGCAUGGCACACUUAAACAUUCGAAGUUAAAGUUUUAAAUACCUCUGUUUUUGAAUCGUUAUUCAGUGUGCCAACAUGUGUUUUGAGAGUUCUCUGUGUCAUUAGUCCUCAAUGUCACACUUGGUAUCAACAUUCUGCAUUUCCUGUUUAUCAUUUAGAAUCUGUUGAUGUGUUUUAGGUGAAUAACGAUUUUGUAAAUAUGUGGUGCAGACAGCUUUUUUUUUGCCAUGACAUGCACUUCACUGCAGAGGCCAUUUAGGAUGCCCUUCCUUUGAAUAUUGCUGUAAGAAAGAAACGUGUAAUCCAUGUACAUUCACAGCCACAGAUGAAAGGAUUACAAAAAGGACAAAACAGAGAUUCUAAAUUCAUAUUCAAGUUGCAGGGAGAAAAAAAUAAACCUCCAAAUAUUUUGCCAUCAAUAAAUCUACUGGACACCACUGAAGACUUUUUUUUAAAAAUGCACUUCAAAAGCAGUGAUUGAUGUUCUGUUAAACGGUUUAUAUGAGAGUGUAAAUGGAAGCACAGCUGGAGGACAUCUGUAUUGACCCCAACAUGCACCUUGACCAUGACGCCACCGUGACACACACGAGCAAACUCGCCCACGUUGAUCUAACUGAUGUUUUUUUUUACACCGUAAUGUUUCACAUUUUCCCUCCCCCGUGACAAACGAAUCUUUCCUGUUGUCCUGUUUGAGUCGACUUUAACCUCACAACACAUCCAUCUGUCUGACUUUAAACCAAUCGUGUCCAUCCUCUCCAACCUGCAACCCUCUGUUAUGACUUCAUCACCAAACAGGAGAACAGUCAUUCCUUUUGUCACUGAAUGAUUCUGGUGCGAUUGAAACAGAUACAUCAGCUUCCUGGAGGCAAAUUCACUUUGGCAGAGUGCUCAUAAAGUAUUCACCGUC